AUGGUGGAGGACGAGAUGGUCCCGGGGGAUGGGUGGAUCUCCGACGAGUCAAGCUUCUAUGGUGAUGAUGGUGAGCUAGCGUACCAGCUCGACCUCUGCGCUCACUUCAAUCCGAAGCCAUUCUGGUCUACGCAUCACCAAGACUUGAAUAUCGUCACCAUGGCCGCCAGAUCUCAACAAACUUCAGGACCCGUACCAGGCAGGAAGACGGCCCCAGCCAAAUUAGCGCUUUCGACGCAGGAUACCUCUUCAGGUGCGCUUUCAGCCCCUGUUGACAAGCCACUUGCAUUUCACGGUCUUGACCGAAAGGCUAUGGAGCAAGAACGGCUCGCGAGGUUGGGCAAGCGGAAGCGGGAUACAUCACCACCACCGCCACCAAAAGCCGAGCUCUUCAACUGCCGUCAAGGUUAUCCCGAUUCGUGGCAGCUUGGAGAAACCGUGGACGACUUCGUCAAACGUAUCCACCCUCUCAGUACUCUAGCCGUCACUUGCGAUUGGAUUUGGGUCGCAAAUCCUUAUCACAACCCUCGCGACAAGUAUGCUUGCCCUCGAGUCGAACAAUUCACAACUCGUGGAAUGGAAUUACUCAAGCAGUCCCGCCAGGAUCGGCAGGCGAUGCAAGCAAAUGACUCUCAAGGGUCGAAGGGAAUGCUGACCAAAUUCCUGAAUCAAGAGGGCAAAGCCCUACAACAACGUAUUGCAGACCUUGCUGAAGAGAAUAAUGUCUUAUCAGGGAAGUGGAUGCUAUUUCCCAAGUCAGAAGAUGUUACCCGCAUGUGGAAACUUAUCGUCAAAGGUGUGAUCGAUGACCGCCUUGGCACUGCGGCUAAGGUUGCUACCGACGAUGGCAGGGACGAACGACUGAUCUGCGUGUACACGAGGAAUUUCCGAGACGCUAACGAUGUGCGCCGUGUCCUCUGCGAGCUUGAAGCAAUGGGUCUCCUGAACUCUGGGCGAACCCUCUACUACAAACCAGAUGCCUACACUUACCUGGACAUCAAUAGUACGACUGCAACCCAAUACGGUUUGCAGGCAAGUCUCCAUAAUAGCCGGAGCAUGAUGGCAGCCGUCGGGUUUCCGCAGUCCACGUCGCUACCACGAAAGAAGCAGUCAACACUCAACCAAUUCUUCUGA